AGUACAUUAUAGAAAUUUAGCAGGAUAUGGGUUAAAAUGUAUGCUAAUUUAACAACCGCCGUUAGUUGGCUAUUGACUCAUUUGGGACAUCCUUUACUUUAAAAAAAUAUACAACACUGAAUCAUUUAAAAAACAGUGUAAAAGAAUAGGAAAACAAAACACGGUUUAAACACACUCUAGCUUGUUUCAUACCCAAAUGUAAACACCACGUAACCGCAAUUUAUUUAUUAUUAUAUUUAAUAAGUAAACAAAUUCCUUCUUGCACGAAUGCAGGUAAUCAAAUACUGUUUUGCAUUGAAUUUCAUACUUCCUAAUAGCGGUAAAGUAAUAAUGGCAUUAAAUUUAGAACGACCAUUUUGAAAAUGUGCAUUAUCAUUUUAGUGUUAUAUGUGAAUUAUGUUUGAUAUUCAGGGAAUCUCUUCAGAAUAGAAAGGGUUUCAUGUAACGGCACACUGACUUCUUCAAACACGACCUGACAUCGACUUACACUACGCACGCAACGUCAAGAUGCGCUGUUACAGCGGUACAAUACAACAUGGUUAUGUCCUGUUCUACAACUGCCAGCGCCUCUGUGAAUACUUUUGUUUCCCACCAUACAAACGGUCUUCAACAGAUAAAUACGUUAACUGUCACACUACUUCUGGAAACUGGUUGACAACAUCUGGCGAACAACCGUGCAUUAAAGCAGAUGAAGUUACGACAACAACGAAAAUAUUUGCUACUGACUCGAGCGACGUACCUUCCUUUACAUCAUUCAAAGACGAAGACAAUUUUGUUUCUGCCACAGAUCAUGAUGAUAUAAAUGUUAGGGCUAUCACCGGGGUUAUCGCUACUUGUGCGGCAGUGAUACUUUUAGUUGUUGUGAGGUUACUGAUUAUUCGCACGCGUUCUGCAAAGCAAAGCACUCAAAUGCCGGAAGUGGAAGUAAAUUCUCAGAUACACCAGAACAGAGAGGCUCAGGCCCAACAAGAAAUUGUGACACCUCACCAGAGUCCAACUAACAGAACAAAUAGCGAACAUGAACACGAAGAUAGAGGGAUGAUUAUCUUCAGUAUUAGGCAAUGGUUCGGUAUUUCCUUGCUAAGGAACCCUUACAAUACCUUCCGAAACCCGUCUGAGCCUCCACCAUAUGAUGCUGCAAGUGCUCCUCCACCAACAUAUGAGGAGACAGAAGGGGUUAGCAGAUCCACAAGAGAAACUGCUGAAGUUACCUGUGGGGAAAGGUUAGAGAUACCAGUUGAUUCGCCACCACCAUAUACUGUUUAAAAGCGAGGAAGUUUAUAUGUGUAUGCUAAUCGUUAGUCAACGUAACUUAAAAUCUACUGUUAAUAAAAAUAUAAAAAUGUUGUCAUUUUACUAAUCUGUUAAGAAAGUAUUGAUUGCAGUGGAGAAUCUGGCGUUUUCAGUACCAAAUUGAGUUCAAACAGUGUAAACUUGAUAUAUGACAUUUAGACAACAAUUUAUACUUGAAAUGUUAUAUUUAUGUAAACAUUUAAAACAGUUUUUAAGAAUUAGUGUCUGUAUAAAUUUUUCGCAUGCCUCUGGUGAGUAAAUGUUCUGGCGAUUAAUAUGGUGUACAAUAUUUCAUAAAUCUAUAUCUAAGGAUACACUAAGGAAUGAAUUGGCAUUUUUUUUGAUCAUCUUUUGUUUUUUAUUUUAUAUAUUAAACUAGUUAUACUUUCCUCUAUCAAAUGCCAAAAAGAUUAAUUUAAAAGUUCAAAUAUAAAACAUUUAUUUGAUGAAACUGCAUGAUAAACAGUAAACAUUUGACAUAUGUUUAUCACACACCUUACUGAAAAGAAGAACAAGGCUAUAAAUUUAGUCACUGUAUUUUUCGACCAUCAUCUUAGCAUUUGAUUUUAUGGUCAUCUAAUGCUCUAGAGGGAGUGUUAAUUGAAGAUAUGUUGCUUUGAUGUAACACAUAUUAUAUGGGUGAUUUUUGUCACGGAUUUUGACUGGCUGUCUUGGUCAAGAGGAAAUAAGUGUUGUAAUAAUGUUCAAACAGUCUAAUUCAUUGGUAGAAAAAAGGAAGUUUAGUUUUUGAUGAAGGCGGAGCCCAAGGAUAAAGUUCAUAUAACACAUUUCCGUCUUUUUCUCAGAACAGAAAUUCACAACUUGAUGAAGUGUUUGAAGUGAUUCAAUUUAUGAAGGACAUUGCAUUAAGAUUGACAAUCUAUUUCUUUAAAGGGUGGUCUAUAAAAGAGUAUCACAGUUUUGUAAUAAACUAAUCCAUUCUUGAAUCAUAUCACUUUUAAUUGACUUUGGAAGGAAUCAGAGACCCAAAAAUAAUUUUGUUCAGUGUAACUCUUUUUUCUGACAAUUUAGGGACAAUUUGUGAUGCACGUUGGUAGUUUGGACACCCACACAAAGUUUGGCUCAUUUGACGUACAGAUAAGAUAGUUGAAUCUGUUUGAAGAUAACAAUAGAGUUUUUAUACGCCCGAAGGGACGUAUUAUGUUAUGACGCUGGUGUUCGUCUGUCCGUCUGUCCGUCCGUCCGUCCGUCUGUCCGUUAGCAAUUUCGUGUCCGCUCUGUAACUCUUGAACCCCUUGAAGGAUUUCAAGGAAACUUUACACAAAUGUUCACCACACCGAGACGAUGUGCAGACCGCAUGUUUUGGAUGUCUCACUUCAAGGUCAAGGCCACACUUAGGAGUCAAAGGUUAUAUCAGUUAGUUUCGUGUCCGCUCUGUAACUCUUGAACCCCUUGAAGGAUUUCAAAGAAACUUGACACAAAUGUUCACCACACCAAGACGACGUGCAGAGCGCAUGUUCCGGAUGACUUGCUUCAAGGUCAAGGUCACACUUAGGGGUCAAAAGUCAUAUCAGUUUGUUUCGUGUCCGCUCUGUAACUCUUGAACUGCUGGAAGGAUUUCAAAGAAACUUUGCAGAAACGUUCACCACAUUGUAACGUUGGCAGAGCGCAUGUUCCGGAUGACUCGCUUCAAGGUCAAGGUCACACUUAAGGGUCAAAGGUCAUAUAUGACUUUGCUUUGUGUAUAUUGCUCUGCAUUGCAGUGGUCUUGUUUUUAUUUGGCAGAUCUCUUUUUUUGACUUACAAUAAUUUUUUUUUAAUUACUUCCCUUUUAUGUUACUAUAAAUAGCUUAUUUUUGAAACUUUUUUAUUAUUGGCCAUAGGGAAAAACCGAGACCACUUUUCUGUGGUACAACAUGGAUGGUACCUCCAAUUUUAAGGUGUAUUUUUACAUACCUAUACCUGAUAAGGAUUUUUUUGUAGACUUUGAUUUUUUUUUUGUGGACUUAGAUUUGUUUUUUGAAGUUUUCCUUUCGUUGUUCCAGUCCUUUGGGGCUACAACAGUCAAGUUCUUAAAAUUUUGCUCCAAUCCUAUGAUGUAAGAAUUCGGGCGUAUAUUGCCCCGCAUGGCGGCGCUAUUGUUACAUAUUUUGUUAUCUAAACAUAAUCGUGAUGGCAUUGCACAAAAUCUUAUAUGAAAAGUAUCAUGGUAUAGCUUAAUCUUUCCCCUUCAUUUUGUUAUGUUACAUAACAUGUCUUUUCUUUGGAAAUAUGGAAAAAAAUAUGUUUAAGCACGGCACCCAAUCACUCCUUUGUGUUAGAUUAUAUGUCACACACUGUCUCCUCUUUGUAGUAUUUACUCUUCGGUUCUGAUUUGGGAACAAUAAUUGAACUUUUAAUAUUCACUGUUUAGCUUUUCUCAUUAUCUAAUCUUAGGCGGGAGCAAUAAUAUGGCUUGUAGUACUCUCUGUUCGCGUGUACCCAUAGUGUAUUGAUAUCAGGCGGGAACAAUAAUAUGACCUGUAGUAUUCACCAUUCGGUUGUUCUCAUGAUAUUAAAUAAUUAUAUCAAUCUUAGGCUGGAACAAUGAUAUGCAUUUGUCGUCGGGCUGCAAAACGUUAUAAUGAGGUUUUAACAAAACACAUGUCAGACGCAAUGCAUAACUUCCAGUUAUACAUAUGAUGUUUCAAAGACACUUGAUUACCUGUAAAUUCUGUAAAUUAAUUAUAUAUUAUAAUAUAUAACUACAAAAAAUGACAUUGCGUUGCAACACAAAAAUGGUUCAAAAUAUAGCGGACAUUGAUCAAUCGUUUGUAAUUGGGUAAUGAAAUUAAUAUGUUUACUAAUAGAUGAAUUAUACGGUGUAAGGGAAAUAAAUCUUUGUAAAAACUGCGACAGCUUCGACUUUAGUUAAAAUAGUGAAAAGUGGAAACUUCACAGGUCGCUCAAUACGACAAAAACGAAAAUGCUGCAGGCUCGGUUUGAUUGAGCCUGUUCAUGGACGGUAGUGGAACUACUCUACUUAUGUUAUUAUGACAAAUGAUAAGCUUAUCUACAUUCCUUCAACUGAAUUUACUUUAAAGUAUACAAUGCAUAUAUACCAUAAUCUUGUUACGAAUUCACUAAAGACACGCAUUUUCGAUUGUUUGAUACGAAAGGGAAGAAAUAUUUGCAUGUAACUUGUUAUACAUGGAACGUCGGAAUUUAGUCUGUAGAUAAUAUCGGAUUAGCAUUCCAUGCCAUAUGCACUAGCCUACGCCUUAGGCUUUCUGUACUGCACUGUUGAACCGUAAUUAUCACACAAACGAAUUCGUCACACAUGUGAAAAUUUCAUAGGAAUUCCUCACACAUUGCGUGGCAAAUACGUACAAAUAUGUCACAAGUAGCCCUAUUUUUCGACUACCUCUUAGCACCAACGAAAUUUAUACAUGUGUGAGGAAUUCGAACGAAUUCCACUCGUCUCUUGCUGUGGCCACUCUUUUUCAAAAUAGCGGUUUGAGUAAUGCAAGAUGUGUUUAUGAAAGUGAAGCCCUCAACCACCCCACACCAAUCCCCGCACACAAACAGUGCGUAUUUAAUUAUUUAUAGCAGGUAGUGAUAUGACCUUUUAAUACAUAAACCACUAAAAGCAUGCCAUAAAAUUUAAAGAUAUUAAUCAACUAUUCUUAGCUGAACUUUGACCUAGAUUUGAUCGUCAUUACCUUGUGCCCUUGACCUUAGAUCUAGUGUACUUUAAAACACUUAUAAAUCUAUUCAUCUGCAAGGGUCAUCUCCUCAGUAUGUUCGGUCAUCCUGUGAAAAAUGAGACUCUUCCAAGCAUAUCAAAAACAAUAUGCCCCCACCCCUGAUCUGUUUAUUAUAAUAAGUGAGAUAAAAUGUUGUUUGGAAUGUGUGAAAGUUUCAUAUGAACAAUAUUUUUUACAUAUGUUUUUUCUACUAUUUUUUACUCGUGAAGUACACGUUUCUGCUUUGAGGGGUAUAUAGAUACAGAAUUAAUUUUUCACAAAUGUGUGACAUAUUCGCACGCUUUUGUCACACAAUGUGUGAGGAAUUCGAACGAAUUUUUCUCACAUGAGACGAAUUCGUAUGUGUAAAAAUAACGGUUCAACACUGCAUAUUUUUUGUUUUAGGAUAAUUGUUCCAUUAACACGGUAUGAAUGUCUAUGUGUGUCGGCUUUCACUUCUCGAAGGGAAACUUUAGGCUGAGUUUGAUAGAAUGUUACACAUACAUACUAAAACACGAUAGAGUAAUCGAAAACGCGAUACUUUUGAGAAAGGGCACGAGAAAAGGAAGAAAGAUUAUUACUAUUUAUAUUUGGACUACUUGUGAUAGCGUAGGCAUACAUUUGAUUUUAGUAAUCAGCCUAAAGCGGCAAAUUCGUAAAUAAUUAAUACAGCUCACAACAGAUAGCUGUCCUAGAUACUUGUAAUGUCCUUACUUUUCUAUCAUAACGCAUCAUAAAUUCUAAGUAAUAUCGAGUUACUUUACCCCUAAUGAAGACUUAUCCUUGCCCUUCACCUUCUGAAAAUUAAAAGAUUUAACCGAGACCGUGUAUACUUACUGAAGCCCAUAAAAAGCAUUUUUACUUUAUUUGUGUAUCUGACGUCUGUCAUAUUCAUCACUUAGUCUAGAAUUAACGCAGUAACUAUACAUAAAGACUGAUACUUCUGUAUUCGUUCAGUUUAGAGUCACACCAGCACAAUUAAGGUAAUAUGGUGACUACAAUCACUCAAAAACAUACUUUAAGUCGAUUACAAUUCUGUUGAUUAACACAAGUUUAAGUUUCGAACAUUUUUUUUAAUGUUUUAUACUUCAUUUUUGCGUAAUGUCUACACAGUCAUUUGAUGUAAGCUUUACAGAAAAACAUGGCAAACGCCAAUAGUGUUAUUCUUCAACUUCAAAAGAGAUUCGCGUUUUUAUAUUUUGUUUGUCGAUUAUAACACAUAAAUAAUUCAUUUUAUAUUUUGAUUUAAAUAAAAAGUGGGUGUUCAGCCUGAACUGAUAUAGGACAGAUAACACAAUCUGAUUAAUACUUUGUUCAUACAAUAUAUAAUAUCAGCUAGUAGUUAAUUACUUUAUCUCGUCUAAUCGGAAUGUACAUAAUGGUAUAAAAUCAAAUUAUUACAUUUUAAAUAUAUUUCAAAACAUUCAAGAUAUUAUUUUCCGCGCAACCACUUAGGUACAAGCCAUAAACCGGGGCAGGAAGUUUUAGUUUGAUUUAUUGUUAUACGCCCGUUUUGAAAAACACGUGGGUCCGUCCGGACGUACCAACGUGCGUGCGUCUGUCCGUCAUACCUCGUGUCCGGAGAAUAACUUUAUAACCAUUAAAGGUAUUGACUUUAAACCUGGCGUAUAGGUAGAUUGAGAUGAGACGAUGUGCGGAGCGUGCAAAUCGGCCCUUUAGGUCAAAGGUCAAGGUUACAAAUUGAGCUAAACAAUCGAAACUGUCAACCAUAAUUUGUGUCCGGGGUCUAAAUAAUGAUGAAAAGUACUGACUUCAAACUUGGUAUGUAGGUAGGUUUCGAUAAAAGAAUUACAGAGCACAUUAACCUGGUAUGUAGAUCAACGGUUAAGACCACAAAUUCGGCUUAAAUUUCAAAUUUAUCUGUUAUAUUUCGUGGCUGCAGCAUAAGUUAUUAACCAAUCAUUCAAAGUAUUGACUUAAAACUUGGCAUGUAUGUAAGUAGUGAUAAAACGUUGUGCAGAAAACAUAAACCUGGUCUGCAGGUCAAAGGUUAAGGUCAAGUGUUGAGCUCGAAAAUUAAGUCUGUCCGUCAUAUUUAGUGUUCGGAGCAUAACUUCAUAACCAUUAAAAUAUUGUCAAUGACUUCAAACUUAGGAUGUAGGUACGUGGUGAUGAGACAAUGUGCAGAGUGCAUAGACCAGGGUGUUAGGUCAGAGCUGAAAGUCAAUUCUACCAAUCAUAUAUCGUGUUAAGAGCAUAACUUAAAAAUAUUGAAAAUAUUGACUUGAAACUUGUAGUACAGGCAGGUGAUAAUAAGAUAAUUUUCAGACUGCAAAAAGGAACAUUACAGCUCGCCCCAAUUCUCUAUUCGUACCCCACCCUCCCAAAAUAAAAUCAUUCAGUUUCUUGCUCCUGUAUCCUAUCACCACCACCGCACACAGACACGCACGCACGCACGAAAUCACGCACACACCCAUGGACACGCACUUCAUCUUUCUUCAUUUUUUAUCUAUGUCUGUCUUUUAUCAAUCUAUGGGCACUGAUGUCGCAAACGAUGACGAGUUAUGAAUGUUCAGUCAAAUUUUCCCUUUUUAUUAUAUUUGCACUGUCACGAGUUUAAUCAGAUAAUUUUAUACAAACCUAAUUUUGUAUCUUCUAUCAAAUGUAUGUAUGAUAUGAUAUGAUACUAUUUAAUUUAUCAUUUAUCACAAAAAUAAACAAACGAAACUAUUAAUAAUAUUCAAAGAUGCGUCAUACCAAGUUAUGGAAAUAGUACAUGACAUAGUGAUAUUUGAUUUAGGAAGUUCAUUUAGUAACAAAGUGGCUAGUUGGAUGUAUUACUGAAUGAACCGUUCAAAUAAUAAUAAUCAAUAAAUAACUUAACUUAACUGAAAGUCACGAUGAACUUUUACGCCUUCGUAGAAGUAAUUACAUAUGUAAUUGUCAUCUUAUGUUCAAAUGCGUCUGCUGGGGAAUCUACUGAGAAAGCCGUUUUCUUGUUUUCGGAUUUACUAGACGAUGCGGUAUUUAAGAAGCUUGAGAGCUAUCACUGGAAAAAGAUCCAUGAGAUAACACCAAGAACAUUUAUAUUUCAACAUCAGAAAGGUGGUCCAACUUGUAUUUAUGACGAUAUAAUACAUAUGAAAAAGAUAUUCAAAGAUACGAUUAUUGAAAUCGAGACAGUCAAACACUACGAUGAUGUUUUUAUGUCCCAUACGUCUGCUUAUACAGAACCAGACAAAAGCUAUAACAAGCCAAAUCAGGUGUGCGAUAAAUACUAUGGAAUGGGCAUCGAAAAUGCAUGGUCACGUGGCUUUACCGGCAAAGGCGUAGUUGUUGCGGUUACUGAUGUAGGCAUAAAUACAAAUCUUGAUGAUCUCGAGCCAAAUAUAGAAGAUGAAUUAAGCUUCAAUUUCAUGAAGAAUACAAAAGACGUUACACCAGAAAGUUUUCCUUUUUAUGCAGAUCGAUCUGAGACAGACCACGGAAACAGGUGUGCCAGCCUCAUUGCUGCAGUAAAAGGAAAUGGCGUGUGUAGUGCUGGAAUUGCUUUUAAUGCCACUAUUGCACGUAAAGUAUUUUCUUUGCCUGUCAUACCUAGAAUGAUUAUAAAAUGAAUUUCAAAUAAAGUUUUAAAAGGUUUGAUUGUAUAGUACGUACAUGUAAGAGAAAUUUGUUUUUACUAUUAAAGUGGAAGUAAAUCCAUUAUUCUGCUAAUCUAUAUAGUAUUUUCCUUUACUGACAGGAUUAUUUUGUAAUUUCAAAUGUCAGACUGUGAUAUAUUCAGCAUAAAAUAAUUAUAUCUGCUU